UGUAACAAAUGACGCUUGUUGUGCGCGUUCAGUGAGUUUCGUUUCUAAACAUACAUCCGAACCCUAUAGACAUGUGCGACUCGGAUGACUGCUUAAAUUGUGAUCAUAUUUGUAAAAGGCAGUCAAAAAGUUGGUUGAAGAGAUUCAGGGGUUAAAGAAAUCGGUGUUAUCGGUGUAGUUGGUGAACGAUGAGCACUCGCAGUAGUAGCAGGAUUAAAAGUCCUGUAGGAUGCAGAUGCCACUACAUACUAAAACGAUGUAUGGCCAUACAUCUUCAAAAACAAUCGCUUGUCCGGUACGUCCCACAACAAGCGGAAACUUCUCCGUACUGGAUGUACGACAACGGGUACCUAAUAUUCCAGAGCUUUUUGGAGUCGAAUCUAAAAUGUGUCUGGAAUCGAAGUCUCGUAGAAGCGAUGCAAGUAGUCAAAUAUGAGGGAUACGUCUCACCGGGAGUGUUGUUGCUCACCGGUGAUCCAUGUUCCAUGGAGGUAAUAAGAGGCGCCUGGUGCCGUAAUGUACUCAGGCCACCGAACAGUUACGUUAUCACUAAAAUUGGCGACAUUGAAGAUUGCGUAGUGGAGGACUUGAAUCAAGGACAAUUUACUCCGUUAUCUGAAGCCCUAUGCCUAGUCAUACUGGAGCUGACCAGCGCAAACCAAAAUGCCACAAUUGACACUGUGCGUUCAGCCCUAAAAAUAUAUUUCUCCAACAUACAACCGCCGGCCGAACACAUUAUCUAUGAUGCGAUGGUCAAUCUAAUGUCUGAUAAUAAGAUAUACCAGACCUCCAGGGGUUACUUUGUUGUGACGCCGGAGGUGCAGCGACUAGUCGGUUCAGCGACCGCUAGCCCUGCACACAGUUUGCGGUUGGGAGGAAGUAGCCGGUAUAGCCCAAGCAAAAAAGGGUUCUUGAUGUCUACAGAAGAAGCGUAUAUGAAAGUACACGGUGACAUAGAGACCUUAAGAGACGGUGACCAAACUCAUCAAAACAUCCAAACCAAUUUGGCAGAUAUUAUAUCAGGCGGUAAUUCGGAUGAUAAAACAUUGUCGCCCAGGCGGGAUACAUCCGGCGACAGGCUGGGUAGACGCAACUCGCUCAGGACCAACUCGGCGUCCCGCCGCUUUCAGACCACGCUACAGCGGAGCGGUUCGAUGAGACAUAUAUCGAACAAAAACAAAACGGACGAUUGCUACGGUGGCGUGUCCGUGGAACCGAAAAAGUCACCGGGUAUUUUUUCGAGACUGUUCGGCAGCCGCAGAUCGAGUUCCAAAUCCCGAAAGUCUAACAACUACUGUUGUGCCACUCAGUUCCCUCCGGACGAAUGGUUCAACAAGAGUGUACAGCCACAACAGUCGAUAUCCACUCAAACGGAGAAGGACGAGGACCAGUCGAAACAACAGUGGCCAGCCGCGAGGUUGACGAGGAGCGCGACGUUGCCAAGGAAAUCGCGAACCGUCACUGCGGGUCCGUCGUCGUUGGCGUGCAGCAGCACGGUCGACGGUUGCGGCGGUUGCCAUUCGGACAAGACGCCGGCUGCGGCCAAGAAGGCGUACCCGUCGAGCGGUUCGUCCGGAUACAACUCGCUGCCCCGCAUGAACGGCGGCAGGAAGUCGUCGGGCAGCGUCAAGAACUCGCCGUCGUCGGAACUGUCGUACAAGAUCGCCGCCGCAUCCGCGGCCUGCAGCAAAGCGGAAGACGCGAAACCGGACACGCCGAUCGGCCGAAGCGGCAGCAACUUCGAUUCGAGUUACAGCUGCGACGAGAUAUCCGUCAACGACUCGUCCAUCACUCUCACGGUGGCCGCGACACCGCCCGCCAAGCCCAAAACGGCCGCGGACUUGCGCCGGGAAUACUUCCGGGGCCUGAGCAAGUACGGUCAAGCGGCCACCAACGGCAGUUGCGGCACCGCCGGCGGGGGAGUUCGUGGCAAAGACCAUCACCACCACCAGCAGCAGCAGAAGUACUUCAACCGCAGUGCCAGCAGCGGACGCGACAAACAGGCGAUCGCCGCAAGUCUGCACAAAUAUCUCGACAACGCGUGUAAAAUCAAAUGAUGUGGUAGUUCACGCGCACCACCGCCCUUCGUCCUUUUUUCUCCUUGACGUAGCAACCACAUAAUCGUACUUAUAUAUAUAUAGUGCUUAGUUGUUUGUCUGUUAUUAUGAUUGGAUAAUAUUUAGCAGGUAUACAUUAAAGUCUCCCCUUGGGACUUGGACGUAUAUUUUUGCAUCGUCGUGUAUACAUCAUAAUAUGACACGUCUUAAAUGCCUAACUUUAUUAAACUUAAAAAAUUUAUCUGUAAUAUGAUAAAAUACAGCAAACAAUUUUUAAUAUUAACAUGACGUAUG